AUGGAGAGUGCGGGGCGAUUUGGUACCACCAUUCAGGUGUGCCACGUGACUACAGAUCGCAUGCUCCAGAUUAGUUCCGGUGCGCUAGGGCCGAAAGAAGCGGCAUCACUUUACGGGGCCUUCAUGGGAGAUAUUCAUAUGCGGAAACGACUGGUGUCAAGACAGUCUAUUCCGAGGGCUGGAUACGAUAUUCAUAUGCGGAAACGUUUAGCUGCCAACUCGUCACUUUCCUCUGAGCCUGUCGAACGAUUCGACGUCGAUGAGCAUGCCGGUGAUAGAGGUGCUGCUGGAUGA